GUUUCGACUUAUACAAACGAUCCCUCUCGCUAUCUCCUCCAUUAUAAUCUUUCACCUAGCCACCGCCUCUGCUUCUUUCCUGCACACAUUUGAACGCUAAACCUAACCAGUGUUGAAUUGAAGCAGCAAACAAAGUUGAAAGAGGAGAAUGGCGAAAUCAAUGAGAUCCAAGAGGGAGAAGAGGUUGAGGGCUAUUAGGAGAGAGAUUGUUCAACCUUACUAUGACGAGAAAGAAGCCGCUAAGCUUUCUGCACAAGAAGCUGCUCUUGCUGCACCCAAGCUUCAAGUUCCCGUCCGAAAAAGCACUACCAUGGAAAUUUCUACUUCCACUAUCGACAACGCUAACACCAUGGAUGUGGAUAUGGGUGAUGAAAAUAAGAGCAAGUUUUCCUUGAAGCCUGCUGGUAAAAUUGGGAAGAAAUUGAAAAAGAAAUUGAAAAUGGCGAAAGGUAAUCGCCGCAACGGUAAUGGAAAGCCGAGCAGAAAGCGUCACAUAUGAUUCCCAUUGAGUGCUAAUGGCAGUGCUGGGUUAAUUUAGAGUUCCUGACUUCCUGUGCUCUUAUUUCAUGAACCUUGUUCAAAUUUUGAUACAAAAACAUGGAGAUUGUUCAAUUAUCUUUGUUAUUUAUUUUGAAUAUUAUUAACUUGCAUUUAGAUAUUUGAAGUACAACACAAUAUUAGUAUGGAGAAGUGGUUGAUGUUGAUGACUCCUUUUGAACAUGGAGGAUAGAUAUAUAACAUAGUUUUUGCACUAACCUUGUUCUUGAAUUUGGAAUUUGAUAAUGGUUGUUUUUUA